AUGUCCUUACCCACUACUAUAAGAGCUGUUAAAGUUGAUGGUGACAAGGCAACCAUCAAGUCAUCUAUCCCUUUGCCAAGAUUGGAAAAUGGUUAUCUUCUAUUGAAGACAAAGGCUGUUGCUGGUAAUCCAACUGAUUGGAAGCAUAUUGAAUACAAAUUAGGUACUGAUCAAGCCACUCUCGGUUGUGAUGUUGUCGGUGAAAUUGUCAAAUUUGGUCCUGAUGUUGAUCAAACUAAAUUUCACAUCGGUGAUAUCGUCUAUGGUUUCAUCCAUGGUGCCUCUGCUAGAAGCCCAGAUAACGGUGCCUUUGCUGAAUAUGUUGCCUUAGAUUCUAAAUUAGCUCUUCAAACUCCAAAGGGUAUGACAUUCAGUGGUAAGGAACACAUCCCAGAAGGCCCAGUCACUACUUUUGAAGGUGCUGCCACCAUUCCAUGUUCUUGGUACACUGCUGGUGCCACUUUGUUCCAUCACUUCAAGUUAAAGUACGAUUGGUCUGAAGACAAGCCACAAUACAAUUUCCCACUCUUAAUUUGGGGUGGUGCUACCGCUUUGGGACAGCCAAUGAUUCAAUUAGCUAAGAAAUUCCACGCUUACAGUAAAAUCAUUGCUGUCGCAUCUAAGAAGCACGAAGCUCAAUUAAAGGCUUACGGUGCCGAUGCUGUCUUUGAUUACCAUGAUAGCGAUGUCAUUGAACAAAUCAAAGCUAAAUACAACAAUAUCAGACACUUAUAUGACUGUGUUUCCAACUCAGAAACCAUUCAACAGGUUUAUCAAUGUUCUUCCGACAAAGAAGAUACUAUUGUCUUCAACUUCACUGGUAUGAACGAAAACACCAUCAAGCCAGAAUUAAGAAGAUCAAACAUUAAAGUUCAAGACACUAUAAUUUACGCAGCUUUAGGAUAUGAUAUCCCAUUUGGCGGCUCUCUAAUACCAGCUGAUCAAGAAUACAGAAAUAGUGUUGUAAAAUUUGUUAGUAUUGCAAACAAGCUUUUCUUGAACGGUGAAUUGCGUCACAUCCCAGUCAAGGUAUACAAGAAUGGCUUAGAAGGUACUCUACAAAUUACCGAUGACAUUAAGAAUGGCAGGAACUCUGGUGAGAAAUUAGUUGCCAUCUUCGAUUAA